AUGGAUAAGACCAUAGACCUGAGUCAUGCGCUAUCUGCAUCCAUCUGUUUAGGAAACUGCCAAAAUCGGAAUGCAGCCUACGUUCCUUCAUACUCUACAGGCGACAAAGUCGAAGGCGUGAUUUCAAUCGUUUCAGACUGCGAUUUACGUUUCGAUAAUGUGCAGAUUUCUUUUGUAGGGGAGCAAAGCACGAACGUACGCAACCACCCGAAUAAAGCUCACUAUCGAUUCCAAAAUGUCACACAGAGUGUUCAGGAAUCGAGGCUUCCUGAUCCUCGGGUUCUGAAGAGAGGUCGGAAAUAUGACUUCGAUUUCUCGUUCGAGGUCCUCGAUUAUCUACCCGCCUCUUCUUGCAAUCACACAACCACUAGCCCUCUAGUAAAAGCAGCUCAUCUCCAGCCUCCUCCAAGCUUUGGCGAUGCUACUGUAUCAGGGUUCGGUGGUAAACUGCGAGACGACUUUGCACCAGUAUCGUGCAAAAUUAUCUAUUCCAUUCAGGUCAAGAUAAAUAGGAUCAGCUUGGUCUCGUGCAAACAAGAGACCAUAUUCUCUAGGAGAUUCAAGGUCCGAGUCAAGCCAGCACUUGACGAAAGGCCACCUUUAAAUCUGGAUAACUUUGGCGACGAGUACUGCUUACACGCUGAGGAGCCCGUUCGUGACAGCCGUGCAAAGGUCACACUUGGGUCACUGUCCGUAACACUGGAGCAGCCCAAGACGUUUUGGCUACCGUUACGAGACCCUGUUAGCUCGAUCAGUCAGGCUGUUCGGCUAUUUCUUUGCUAUAGACCAGCAGAUAACAACAAUUCAACAUUACCCAAACUGAAAUCCCUGCGAGGACAAAUCACGGGUACUACACUUUUCACCACCAGCUUCCAUAAUGAUCUACCGACCAAGAAAAAGGCUAUUUUCGGUCGACCGCUGAACUUCACAGAGACCGAGUUUCCAUCCUUUACUCUAUGCAUCCCAACACCGCAGUGGACCCGUGACGAGUCAGGGUGUUAUUCUGCAACGUUGCUCGUCCCGGUGACGCUGCCACACGAGAAUUUCAUCAUAACAUUUCAUUCCUGUUUGAUGUCACGGAUGUACACCCUUCACUUCAAACUUGCUGUUCAAGGAACCUCGGCGUUCUCUUUAAGAGCUCCAGUCGACAUUGUUGCGCAACGAGACUCCUCUGUGCUCCCAUCCUACAACGCCUCCGUGGGCUUUAUGUACGGUGCCUUAUAA